UACUUUUUUUCCUUUCUUUCUUCUCUGCAACAAAUCUCUCUCCUUCCAAACUAAGCUCUGGUUCAAUCACUGUCAUUCUUCUCCUGCAGAGCAAUCUCAGAUCUAUUAUUCAUCAUCUAUCACAAAACACAAUGUUGCAAGACAUGUGGAAUGCUCCUCCCGGUUUCAGACCCUCCAAGUCUGCACCUUCUUCUCCGGCGAAGCCUCUUGGGAUGGUUCCCAGAACGCGUUCUGAGACCUUCCACGUGGCUCACAAGGUCCCCAUCGGUGACACUCCUUAUGUGAGAGCAAAAAACGUUCAGUUGGUGGAUAAGGACCCGGAGAGAGCGAUUCCGCUGUUCUGGGCAGCCAUUAAUGCGGGAGAUAGAGUGGACAGUGCUUUGAAAGAUAUGGCUAUUGUUAUGAAGCAGCAAAAUCGGGCCGAAGAAGCCAUUGAGGCCAUUAAAUCGCUUCGAAGUAGAUGUUCAGAUCAAGCCCAGGAAUCUCUCGAUAAUAUCCUCUUGGAUCUCUACAAGAGGUGUGGGAGACUUGAUGACCAAAUUGCUCUAUUGAAGCACAAGUUGUAUUUGAUUCAACAAGGUUUGGCUUUCAAUGGCAAGAGAACAAAGACUGCCAGAUCUCAAGGAAAAAAGUUUCAAGUCUCUGUGGAGCAAGAAGCCACUAGAUUGCUGGGAAACUUGGGAUGGGCACUGAUGCAGCAGAACAACUACAUUGAAGCAGAAGAGGCCUAUCGCCGCGCACUUUUGAUAGCUCCAGACAACAACAAGAUGUGCAAUCUGGGCAUUUGCUUGAUGAAGCAAGGAAGAAUUGGUGAGGCGAAGGAGACGCUGUACCGCGUAAAGCCUGCGGUGAUGGAUGGCCCUAGAGGCUCAGAUUCUCACCUGAAAGCCUAUGAAAGGGCACAGCAAAUGCUGAAGGACCUCGAGUCUGAGAUGAUGAACAAGGGAGGAGUUGAUAGGAUUGAACAAAGCAGGCUCUUUGAGGCCUUUUUGGGUUCUUCAUCAAUUUGGCAACCACAGCCUUGCAAGGAUCAUCACCACACAACCUUGCCAGCAGCAGCAACAACAACAAAUUCAGCCAAAAUUCAUGAUGAGUUUGCUGAUGAGAACAUCAAUUCCAACAUAAUUUCAACAAAUCACACAGCACUUCCACCAACUAAGGGUAGCAACAACAACAAACAACUUGGUGCCAUUUUGGGGAACUCACUCAAUGUUGCAGCCCCUCCAUUCUAUGCAUCAUCAAAAUCAUCUAUGUUGAGGGAACCAAUUGAGAACCAUCUCUCUGAGACACUUAAGAGAACAAGGUCUGGAAAUGCUGCAGGGUCCAUGAGAGUAGUGAGUGAUGUGAGGGAUGCCAACAACAACAACAACAACAACAAGAAGUUGCAUGUGGAAUUAGGUGUGCCAGUGCCGCAGAACAAAACAAGAAGGCUCUCAUCAGAAGAUGCUGAGAAGAACAAGUUAACAGACUUGUUGCCCGACGACGACGAAUUCGAAGAGGCCAUUCUUGCAGCAAUUUUGGGACCCCCAAACGAAUCAGAUAAAGCUAAUUAUGACACAAGCAGCACCACCUCCAGGAUGUUGAGGCUUAAGGUUUUUCAGGAUAUCACAUUAUCUUUGAGUCCAAGGGCCUGAAACCACCAAUUUAUUCUAAUAAAGGGAAUUAUCGAUAACAUUAGUGCCUUAGGAUGGAGAUGAACUUGCUCUCCACUUGUUUAACCUCAUUUUAUGUAGAGGGAAAGAAUUAUGCUACUUACUGAUAGGGAAUAGCUGCAUGACUAUUACUAUUGGCAUGGCAUUAGUCCCCACUUAAUUGUCUUUAUUUGUUUCAUGCCUUGUAAGUUGUAAACGGGGCACAUCAUUGACUUAAUAAAUUGAUUUGAGUUUUAUGUCUUACUUGAA